GACCCAGAGUUUUAUCAAUUCUUAAAAGAGCAUGACAAGGAACUUCUGGAAUUCAAUGAUGAGGAGAUUGAAGAGGAUGAUGAAACUGACAUUGAUGUUGAGGAAAUGGAAGAAGAUGAAGAAACCGAUGCACAUCAUGUGGAACACAUAGGUAGUGUUGCAGAAAAGCAAGAGAAAUCAUCUAGAAGAGUCAUAACUAGUGCAAUGAUUGAUUCAUGGUGCAACUCAAUUCAAGAGAAUGGAAGAGUAGGUGCUGUUCGUUCUCUUAUGAAUGCCUUCCGCACUGCUUGCCAUUAUGGGGAUGAUAGUGGGGAUGAAUCUUUGACAAAGUUGAGUAUUAUGUCUAGCAGCGUAUUUAAUAAAAUAAUGUUAUUUGUUUUAAAUGAAAUGGAUGGCAUUCUUCGAGGAUUAGUGAAGCUCCCACCUUCUGGAGGAAAGAAGGAGCUCAUAAUAGAUCUCAUGCGCACGAAACAAUGGAAGAGCUACAACCAUUUGGUGAAGUCAUAUCUUGGAAACGCUCUACAUGUUUUGAACCAAAUGACUGAUGCAGAAAUGAUAUCAUUCACAAUACGGCGUCUAAGAUAUUCUUCUGUAUUUUUGGCUGCUUUCCCAAGCCUUUUAAGGAAAUAUAUUAAGGUUGUUCUUCAUUUCUGGGGUACAGGAGGAGGUGCACUACCAGUGGUCUCCUUUUUAUUUCUAAGAGAUUUAUGCAUCCGGGUUGGUUCUGAUUGUACAGACGAGUGUUUCAAAGGAAUAUACAAAGCCUAUGUCUUGAACUGCCAAUUUGUCAAUGCAACCAAGUUACAUCACAUUCAGUUUCUUGGGAAUUGUAUCACUGAACUUCUUGGGGUGGAUCUUCCGGCUGCAUAUCAACAUGCCUUUGUUUUCAUACGGCAGUUAGCAAAUAUUUUGCGGAAGGCACUGAACACGAGAACAAAGGAAGCAUUCAGAAAGGUUUAUGAAUGGAAGUAUAUGAAUUGCCUUGAGCUUUGGACUGGAGCUAUCUGUGCCUAUAGUUCAGAAGCUGAUUUUAGGCCCCUUGCAUAUCCACUGACUCAAAUAAUUUCUGGGGUUGCUCGUUUAGUUCCAACUGCUCGAUAUUUCCCCCUUAGAUUGCGUUGUGUUAGGAUGCUAAACCGCAUUGCUGCUUCCUCUGGUACAUUUAUUCCUGUUUCUUUGCCCCUCUUGGACAUGCUGGAGAUGAAAGAAUUGAAUAGGCCGCCAACAGGAGGUGUUGGCAAAGCUGUUGAUUUGCUUGCUGCACUAAAGGUAAGCAAACCAACCUUAAAGACUCGAUCAUUUCAGGAGGCUUGUGUUUUUUCGGUGAUUGAAAGUCUUAGUGAACAUCUAGCUCAAUGGAGCUAUUCUGUUGCUUUCUUUGAGCUGUCCUUUGUUCCUGCUGUUCGGCUGCGUAACUUCUGCAAAUCCACAAAAGUCGAGAGGUUCCGUCGAGAAAUGAGGCAGCUCAUUCAUCAGAUUGACGCCAAUUCUAAGUUUACCAAUGAAAAACGAAUGUCAGUUUCGUUUUUACCAAAUGAUCCUGCAGCAUCAUCUUUCCUUGAGGAUGAGAAAAUGGUCGGGGCUAGCCCGUUAUCGCAAUAUGUUGCAACUUUACGCCAGAGAGUGCAGCAAAGAAAUGACUCUUUGAAGGAAUCAAGUGUACUGGUGGGCGAACAAUCUUCCAUCUUUGGAAAGAAGACACCAGGUAUUGAUCGUGAUGAUGAUGCUGAUGAUGACGAUACUAGGAAUGAAGCAGGUGCUACUGUCUUCAGUUCCGCUUGGUUACCAGGACGUGAUUACAAGACCAAGCAGCUUAAAGAUGAGAAGAGGAAGAAAAAGAAGAGACUGAAAGAGCUCCAUGAAGAGUCAGCUAUGGAUGAAGAUGUCGUGGGGGACUUGAUUCUUACGUCGGAUGAGGAUGAAGAUGGUUCUAUGAAUGACACUCCCUCUGUAGGAGAUUUCAAAACAGAGGCAGUGCAUCCCAAAGAGCCGAGCAAGAAACAGAAAUUAUCUGUCGAUUUGUCAAAAAAGAAAACAAAAUUUCAUAGCAAAAAGUCAAAGAAGAGGAAGAGAGCAAAUUUACAUGCCAUUUGAUUUAAUUUUUUAAGAUAUUGUAAAAGUAUCUUUGCUCAUUCUUUGUGGUUUCUUCUCACCGGAAUUUGCAAAUUGAUUAUGAUUAGCAAAAAUUUUCAGCUAUGACCACAUAAUUUUUCAUUCUGAG